GCGUGCGUCAGCUGGGAGGUGCUGAGGUUCCUGCUGUCUAACCUGCGUUGGUGGAUGGAGGAGUAUCGUUUUGAUGGCUUCAGGUUCGAUGGGGUGACGUCCAUGAUGUACCAUCACCAUGGCAUUGGCAGUAUGUUUUCAGGAGACUACUCUGAGUACUUUGGUCUUCAGGUGGAUGAAGAUUCCCUGGUCUAUCUGAUGACAGCUAAUCAUGUCCUGCACACCUUGUAUCCUGACUGCAUCACCAUCGCAGAGGACGUAUCAGGGAUGCCAGCUGUGUGUCGGUCCGUGGCAGAGGGAGGGUUGGGCUUCGACUACCGUCUUGCCAUGGCCAUUCCAGAUAAAUGGAUCCAGAUUCUGAAGGAAUUAGCAGACGAGGCCUGGGACAUGGGUAACAUUGUCUACACUCUGACAAACAGACGAUACGGAGAGAACUGCAUCGCCUACGCAGAGAGCCACGACCAGUCUCUGGUAGGUGAUAAGUCCCUGGCCUUCUGGCUGAUGGAUAAAGAGAUGUACACCAACAUGAGUUCCCUGAUCCCCAUGACUCCCGUCAUCGACCGAGGCAUCCAGCUACAUAAGAUGAUCCGCCUCCUCACACACGCUCUGGGGGGAGAGGGCUACCUCAACUUCAUGGAAGAUAGUUUGGUUGUGCCAAUCAGAAGAGAGUUUGGUUGUGCCAAUCAGAAGAGAGUUUGGUUGGGCCAAUCAGAAGAGUGCGCGGUUGGGCCAAUCAGAAGAGUGCGCGGUUGGGCCAAUCGGAAGAGUGCGCGGUUGGGCCAAUCGGAAGAGUGCGCGGUUGGGCCAAUCGGAAGAGUGCGCGGUUGGGCCAAUCGGAAGAGUGCGCGGUUGGGCCAAUCGGAAGAGUGCGCGGUUGGGCCAAUCGGAAGAGUGCGCGGUUGGGCCAAUCGGAAGAGUGCGCGGUUGGGCCAAUCGGAAGAGUGCGCGGUUGGGCCAAUCGGAAGAGUGCGCGGUUGGGCCAAUCGGAAGAGUGCGCGGUUGGGCCAAUCGGAAGAACUGCUCUCCAGUAUGUAA